CACAGCAGCGGCGGCAGCAGCAGGAAGACAUGGCCGACUGGAUCUGACGACAGCACUCACUUCGAGCCCGGAAAACAGAGCCCCGACAAAGGACCGUGGGAGGCAGCAGCAGCAGAAGCGACCUCCAGGCCACUCUCCGGCCUUCACGAACCCACAGGUAUGCCUUGUGGGUCUCGACAGCUCCGAUGGCUUUCCUGUCCAGGUUCUCCAGGAAUGGCACCAGGUCACCGAGCCGGGGCUCCCGGGACGAGCGCAGCCACCACCCCAUCCUCAGCGUCUUUGAGCUGGAAAGGCUGCUGUACACAGGAAAGACAGCCUGUAAUCAUGCUGAUGAGGUCUGGCCAGGACUCUACCUGGGCGAUCAAGAUAUAGCAGCCAACCGGCGGGAGCUGGCCCACCUGCGCAUCACCCACGUCCUCAACGCCUCGCACAGCAAGUGGAGGGGGGGUGCCGAGUACUACGAGGGCACGGGCAUCCGCUACCUGGGCAUCGAGGCCCACGACUCGCCUUCCUUCGACAUGAGCCCCUACUUUUAUCCUGCAGCUGAGUUCAUCCACCAAGCGCUGAAUGAAGGAAGGAUCCUUGUGCACUGUGCUGUCGGGGUGAGCAGGUCAGCAACCUUGGUCCUUGCCUACCUCAUGAUCCGCCACCACAUGCCCCUUGUAGAAGCCAUAAAGACGGUCAAGGACCACCGUGGUAUCAUCCCCAACCGGGGUUUCUUGCGCCAGCUGGUCGCCCUGGACAAUGCCCUGAGGCUGAAGAGGAGCUCCUGAAGGAGGGUGAGGGGUCAUGCGGUGGGACCCUGCCGAGUGGCAGACAGGGCUUUCCUCACAGUGCAGAUGCUUGGCAGCUAAUGGGUUACACACAACUGGCCCCUGGGCCUCCCUCUCAGCUGAAGGGUCCCCAGACGUGAGCUAUUCCUGCUGGUAAAGCCCUCCACCUGCAAUCUUGCUGCCUAGGUAGGCCUAGUGUAUAGCCUUCUCCCAGCCUGCUCGCUCCAAGAUGCUCCAGAGGGACUCGGUCCCACUUUUCAGGUGACUCAAUCCCUGUUGGCUCCAGGAAGCCUCUGAGGCUUCGUUGCCCCACGUGGCAGAUGCAUUUGCCGAGCCAGUCCUGACCCUCCCUCCCAGGAGACUGAGGCUCUGUGUGUUCUUUGUCUUGUUUCCCGUCGUUUUUGGUCUGUGUAGCAACGCGAAUUAGGUCUGGUGUGUGGGCUCAGGCAAACAGGCCUUUUGUCAUAGUGUUUGGAUGUCCUCCAUGCCUAGUGUUAACCUGUGGAAAU